UAGGUCUGUAGGUAGCUCUGGCACAGCCUGCAGUGGUGCGCACGUCACAUAGACAUCAUCACAGUAGUGUGGGCACAGCAACAACUAGCUGCAACUCUCGCAACUGUCGCAUGCGGUAAUUGGAUUUUAUAAGGAAACGACACAAUUCAUUUCUUAGGAAGUUUUGGAUGGUUUUUUGUUUGUUAUAGGUUAUGUUCAAGGUGGCCUAUUUUAGAGUGUAUUAUAAAAGGGAGUUAAACGGAGCUAGAGCACACGUUUAGCUCCGUGUUGGCGAGGAUGGAAUGUGUGUUGUCUAAGACUAGGAUCUAAUACUGAAGAAAGAAAUCACGACAAUCAAUCCAACAAGGAUGCUCGCCCCUGUUGUUGUGUAUAUCCAACUACUAUCCAGUAGCUACUUGCAGUAGUGGAGACAGUGGCUUGUUUGAAGCUGCUCUCUCGAGCUUGCUUUGGUCAUGCAGAACGGGAAAGCUAAAGCGAACAAAACCAAACCAGCGAACACAUCAGUCAACCGUUCAGUCAGCCAGCCAGACGGAGAAGCAGCAGAUAACGAACAGGAAGUCAACAACGAGAACGAGGCUGACGCCCAUCACGAUAACCCGCGCCUGAAGACGGCCAGGUUUCGCAAGGAUAGAGCGAGAAGCGAUGAUUCGCCUAAAACUAACGGGGUUUCAAAAUCUAUUUCUGGUAACAGAACGGAAAAUCCCGCUGCAUUAAGACCCACAAGUUUCAACGAACAGAUAACUCCACAAAACGGGGUGGAGAAGUCAUCUAAUGACCCUUCAUCUCAAGGGUCUAAGAUACCGACCCAACAGAACUUGAAUAAGGCCAACCAGUCUAAGAUAGCCAAGCUGGCGCCUCAAGACAAACCAGGGAUGAAGUCUAACGGUCAGAAAGUUCUAGAACCUAUAACAAAGGCGCCCAACCACGGUAAAAAUGGCGCCCCGCUGCCCAGGUCACGCGACAGUGGUGGCAGUGACCCCGACAAAAAAGUGUCGUUUAAAGAAAAACUCGAAGACCACUCCGACCUGAACACGCCGGAGUCCAACGAAGACCUUGACCUACUUUCCCAACACCAGCUCCACAGCGGCUCCGUAGACAAGGUGUACCCUCUGACGUCACGCGACCCCCCGGGGAGCUGGAAGCCCGGCGAGGGGGUGAGGAACGGGUCGGUGACGUGGAGGAAGACGGCCAGCGAGCCUGUACUGGCCACUAGGGACGGCUCGGACAUGUUUGAUGACGUCAGCUGGGUGGACCGCUACGGGAGUGGACGGGACGGGUUCAAGUACGAGCCCACAGGGAGGAAGUUCACCAGCAAGAACGGCCGAUCUGUGUUCGGGAGCUCAACGUCCCUGUCAUCAACAACAGAUAAUUCUGAUGAUUCUGAUGACGUUUUCAACGUUGUAUUACGAGUUCGACCUUUGAACCCGAAUGAGUCCGGUAGACGAGACAAGUUUGUGGCUGACUUCCCUGGGGAGGGACAAGUCGCUGUGAACAAUGCCGGAACAAUCCGGAACUUCCAGUUUAACGUCGUCUUUGAGCCGGAUGCCGGUCAGGAGGACGUGUUUGAGAACUGUGGCAUCAAGAAGUUGGUGGAAGCCGCCAUGAACGGGUACACGUGCACGGCCUUUGCUUUUGGUCAGACGGGGAGUGGGAAAACUCACACGAUGACAGGCCCUCCAGCACAGUUUCACACCGAGGGAGUGACCCCUGACCCCAAGAUGUACGGACUUAUGCAGCGCUCGUUCAAGUAUUUGUUCCAGCUGAAGAAGAAACAAGGCGCUCAGAAAAUUGUCAAGGCUUCGUUCUUGGAGGUCUACAACGAACAGGUGAUCGAUUUAUUGAACAACAGCCAGAGGCGCUACCUGACGGUCAGGUGGAGCAAGAACAAAGGAUUUUAUGUGGAGAACCUUUUCACUGUGGAGUGUCAGACGCUGGAUGAUCUGAUGGCUGUACUGGAGGAAGAACACAUAGGUUUUCACGGAGUGUUGCUUGCAAGAGACCGAGGACUCGAGAACUUGCGAGAACUGAAGAAAAAGAAAUUUUCCCACAAAAACCAUCUAGUCAUUUUUGAGAACGGAAUACAAAGUGAGCCGCCAUUUUGUUCUCGUGACGUUUUGUUUUCUCGUGGUAACGAGAUUAACGAGAUGAACGGCAAACGGGACCAGGAGAGACCGACCAACUACCCGGGCAAGAAGCGCCACCUGCCGGUCCACGGCAACUUCCAGGCGUCCUGGCCGGCCAACCAGCGGAUGCUGUCUCGUGAGACGACCCACCAGCGGGACCUAGAGAUGACCCGUGCCCGCAGUGGCACCGUACCGUCCUUCAGCAGUUUGGAGCCCAGGGUCAGACGUGCGAGCGCCAGCGUCCAGCACUACAGUCCGAUUCCAGAGAAGCCAGGCGUUUCCAAGCCGCAUCCGGUGGUCCAGAAACAAAACAACUACCUUGACGUCAACGAUGUGGCUUUAAACAGAGAACCUGAAUUCCGGAGACAUUCGUACGAUUACGUCACAGGCCGCGGGGCCCAGCGCCACCAGGCGGUAUACAGAGCCAGGCACUACAGUGAUUACAAUGUGAAACACCCUUUUGCUCAACACGACGAGACGAGGUUAAGCCACGCCCAUUCAAUGAACGAUAACUCUAGUGUCAUAAAUCAAAGGCCGGAUGUUGAUCAGCGUGUUAACGAUCAAAGACCGGAAGUGAGCAACACAGGGGGCGUCAACCAGGUAUAUAUAGCUCGAGCUGGUGAGCUGGGUAAAACACCAAACAAGGACCACAACCCAACGUUCGCCAGCCUAAGACCGUCGACCACGACCAACCCUAACGGGUACAACUUGAGCCACAGCGCGCCCAGUGACGUCUUCAAGCUAGACCUGUCCAACCUCUCCAGGUCCGAUUCCAGCGACAGUUUCCCCAGGUACGACUCCGACCCCCCCGAGUACGACUCGGACCCCCAGGACGAGCUGCCCUCAGGCCGACACAACCUGCCGACUGACGUCACCCACGUCCAGCAGGAGAGUGAUGGCCACCACACCGACGACAACAUGGACGAACCCUUCUACAUCAACAAAACGGACGGAUUGCCUCCCAUAUACGGGGGCGGGGACACCCCACAACAAGAGGAAUCUCAAACAGAUGAAACCGGAAAUGUGCAGUACGUUUUGAGGAACCGUAACUCUCAUGAACUUUCGAACAAUUCCGGUGACGCGGAUUCGGAAGGCGAGGCAAUUGAUACGGACGCUGAAGCCAAGUACGUAGGCGGGGACGUGUACGUGUUUUACCUACAGACUAGCGAGGGGGAACUCGUUGGUCCGCUCCAGUUUGACGUAGAGGAUGUUCAGAUAGGACUUCCGGUGCCAAGUGAGGUAGAGGCUAAUGACCAAGGGCUAAGGAACCGACAGACCGGAUCCCACGGGCUGAACGAGUUCUCCAGCCGGUCCCACAGCAUCCUCACGGUCACGGUCGACUCGGAGACUCAAGCGGAACCGGAAGACGACAAUCUUUACGUCACAAAGCGCGGGAAGUUAUCGUUCGUUGACCUAGCUGGCAGCGAGAAGGUCAGGGACUCAACGUCCACGGGCGGGCCGGGUAUGGUGGAGUCCAACAGCAUCAACAAAAGUUUGUUAGUUUUAGGUAACUGUAUCUCUCACCUGUGUGAUUCCAAGAAACGUCAAGGUCAUAUCCCGUACAGGGACAGCAAGCUGACCAAACUGUUGUCAGACAGCUUAGGGGGUAAUGGUAUCACUUUAAUGAUUGCCUGCAUCACCCCCUCCUCCUCCAACGUGACUGAGACCCUAAACACCUUACGGUACGCCAGUCGGGCGAAGAAGAUCAAAACUAAACCCACGGUGAAGAUGGACCCUCGUGAAAAACUCAUCUUAAGUCUCAAGAAAGAAGUGAGGAUAUUACGUCAGGAGAAUCACUACCUCCGUCAACAGCUUGACUUCCCGGCCAAACCAAAGGGACAACUGCAAAAAGAAAACGACGAAAAGUUCCGGAAGUUCAUGAAGGAGCAGACGCAGAAGGAGACUGGGCUCUACGACAUGUUGCAGGAGUACAUGAUCGAGAACGAGGCUCUCAGGGCGGAAAACUCGGAGAUGCAUUCGGUGAAAGAAAGUUCCAGAAGAGAGCAGCAGAUUUUGUACAGAGAAAAUGAGACCUUAACACGGAGGGUGGAGGAAUUAGAGAGGCUGAUGUCGGAAAAUCCUGGCACCUGGGCGCUCUACGACCCCCGGAGACACGACGGUUACGGUCAGCAAGACAUAUCCCCCCGGGGGUCACCCGUCAAUGUUGGAUACAACAGUCCGCCCAACCGCUCGAGUGUUGGAUACAACAGUCCUCCGAAUCGCAACGUGUUUCGUCCUAUUGGUGUCUCUGGUCCAAAUGGUGUUGGGCCACCCAAAAAUGUAUCACCUGUCGCCCACAACCAACCCAUGCGGCCCCCUCACAGGUUGUCUGACCACGUGACCAGACCAGCACCCAGGCCUAUCGAGUACGUGGAGACAAACUACAACAACGAACGUACGUCACCACGGCAGCCGGUGGUCGCUAGACAAGGAGUCGUCUCCCAUCGUCCACUUGACCGGAAGUUGUCACAGGUAUCACAGACAGAACUGAACGAGCUGCUGCGGAAAGAUCUGGAAGAUUUGGACGGGGAGAUAGAGCAGCAGACGAGAAUAGCUCACACGUCACGUGGUGUUCCUACAGCCAAUCACAGAUGAUUUGGGCCGUUUGUUUUUGUUACAUGUGUAAAAAUGUUACGAUGUUGUGUUACCUUGUGAGUUGUAGUUGCAAGUUGAUGUUUGUGAGUUGUAGUUGCAAGUUGAUGUUUGUGAGUUGUAGUUGCAAGUUGAUGUUUGUGAGUUGUAGUUGCAAGUUGAUGUUUGUGAGUUGUAGUUACAAGUUGAUGUUUGUGAGUUAUAGUUACAAGUUGAUGUUUGUGAGUUAUAGUUGCAAGUUGAUGUUUGUGAGUUGUAGUUGCAAGUUGAUGUUUGUGAGUUGUAGUUGCAAGUUGAUGUUUGUGAGUUGUAGUUGCAAGUUGAUGUUUGUGAGUUGUAGUUGCAAGUUGAUGUUUGUGAGUUGUAGUUACAAGUUGAUGUUUGUGAGUUUUAGUUACAAGUUGAUGUUUGUGAGUUGUAGUUACAAGUUGAUGUUUGUGAGUUGUAGUUGCAAGUUGAUGUUUGUGAGUUGUAGUUGCAAGUUGAUGUUUGUGAGUUAUAGUUGCAAGUUGAUGUUUGUGAGUUGUAGUUGCAAGUUGAUGUUUGUGAGUUGUAGUUGCAAUUUGAUGUUGCUGAAAUGACGAGAUCAGUUUGUACUGAUGAGUGUGUGUUGUGAUAAUAAUUUGUUGACAUUUUGUGAUAUCAAUGUUUAACAACAGAUGCGGGGUUACUGUGAUAACAAUUGUUAACAAUUCAUUCACGGAAAUGCUUGUUACUCAAAGAAUGUGCGAAUGGCAAUUUGUGUUUCUGUUAAAAUGUUAAUACUCAUCUUAGUUUUAGUAAGAGGUUGUAGAUUAACUUAAGGCAAAAUCGCUGUAUACAAUGAGAAAACUAAAAAAAAAACUUCUGAAAUUGAAAACCAGUUAACUUCAUUCUAAGCUAAAAGCUAAAAAAAAACUUGUACUAAUUAUAUAUUUUAAAAUAGCUUUAGUUAGUUGUUAAUCUGAGAAUAAAACUGACUUCUUUACACAAUUUAAACGUGUACAAAAAUUAUCGUGCUAAUACAGAUAGCUUUUGGGACGGCGUGGCCUAGCGAUAGAGCGUUAAACUGCUAACCCAAAAGUUUCGAGUUCGAAUCUGGGUUCAAGUCAGUAGAACGUCCCUGAGUCCACCCAGAUCUGAUGGGUGCCUAACUCACGUUAGGGAAAGUACAGGCGGCCGAGGUCACAGAAACAGAUGAACUCUACUUCAUUUCCCCCAUGGACUGUCAGGUUCAAAUAGGGAACUUUCCAUUUUUUUGCUAAAAAGUUUCAGAAAGCCCAGAUGUCACAUUAAAUAUCUUAAAUAUUUUAAUUUAUUUACUUUAUCAUAUAAUGUAUUCGUCUGGCAUUGUUAUACAACGUGUGUCAUACAUUGUUAUAUAAUUGUAUACAUAUAAUAUACACGUUUUACAUUGUUAUAAAUUGUAUACAUGUAUACAAAAUGUAUAUGAACAUUCUAAUAUUUUCUUGAUGUAAAUGUAAUGACAGCCAUGCUUUAAUGUAACAAAGAGCGGAUUUAUUUUGUUAACGACUUGGUCAAAGACAGAGCCGCUAAAAACCGAGUCCGAUGGAGAGGUGUGGUUGCAGCCCCUUGCUCCCCUAGAGAGGCGUGGCUUCAGCCCCUUGCUCCCCUGGAGAGGUGUGGUUGCAGCCCCUUGCUCCCCUGGAGAGGCGUGGCUUCAGCCCCUUGCUCCCCUGGAGAGGUGUGGUUGCAGCCCCUUGCUCCCCUACAGAGGCGUGGCUUCAGCCCCUUGCUCCCCCGGAGAGGUGUGGUUGCAGCCCCUUGCUCCCCUGGAGAGGUGUGGCUUCAGCCCCUUGCUCCCCUGGAGAGGUGUGGUUGCAGCCCCUUGCCCCCCUACAGAGGCGUGGCUUCAGCCCCUUGCUCCCCUGGAAAGGUGUGGCUUCAGCCCCUUGCUCCCCUAGGGGCCAUAAAAAUGACGUGACCAAAGAAAAGACAAUGAAUGAGAUGAACACACAAUUUGUAGUUCUGAGAAAACUUUCUGGUUUGUAUGUGAUGAAGUGUAUGACUCAUUAUUUUUUUUGUUAUCAUAAAGUAAUCUAAAGUCAGGUGCAUAAAUCAUAUACUCCCAUUUGACUAAUUAUGUGAUAUGUACUUAUGUUUUGUCUGAAAACAUCUUAUAUAAAUAUUAUGUUGCCAUUUACACAUUCCAAUUGAAAACAAACAUAUCACGCAACACAAAUGUUGUUUUAUACUUAAUCUAAUGACGUAGUGAUGUCCACACGAUAAUACAUUUAUU